UAUAAUCGAUGAAGCCGACCGAAUAUUGGAGGCUAACUUUGAGGAAGACAUGGAGCAAAUAUUUAAGCGGCUGCCAAAGACAAGGCAAACUGCUCUAUUUACAGCUACCCAAACUAAGCAGGUUGAGGAUUUUGCGAACUUGUCAUUUAAGGAAAAAGCCUGUAUAUGUAGGUGUUGAUGAUGGAAGGUCGAAGGUGACCGUCGAAGGGUUGCAGCAGGGCUAUUGUGUCGUGCCUAGAAAUAAAAGGUUUCUGGUCUUGUAUGCUUUUCUUAAGAGGAACCUUUCGAAGAAGAUAGUGGUCUUCUUCUCCUCAUGCAAUUCGAUCAAGUACCAUUCUGAGCUUCUCAGAUACAUUCAUGUCGAUUUUCUCGAUAUCCAUGGAAAGCAGAAGCAGCAGAAACGAACUAUUAGAUUUUUUGAGUUCUGCAAAGCCGAAAAGGGUAUAUACUGCUCUGCACUGAUGUUGCUGCUCGUGGACUUGAUAUUCCUGCUGUGGUAA